UUGGCUAUACCAUUUAUGGGCAAGCAAGGGUAUUUAGGUAAUCUUGAAUCCGCAAUCAAAGUUUAACCCUAGUUGUGUCUGUGUUCAAUUUCGGUGGGGGAAUCGGAAGGCAAAUCGAAGUUCAGAAUCGUCCGUAAUCUUGGUUAGGGUUUCCCUUUUCCCGCUAUCUUCCCUUCUAUUUCCCUCUGAAUCCACUCCCUUUUUCUUCAUAAACGCUCCAAUUUACUCCUUUUCGUUGGAUUAUCAGUCUAGCUUUUGGGGAUUCAAGACAAUCAUGUACGGACCAAGAGGAAGAAGCUUUUGCAGCGGUAUUUCAGCUAUGAAGGCCAGUGAUUUCAUUGGCUAAUUAAUGUUCUCAUUGGUAGUCUUUACUUUCCAUCGAGGGGGCUUACAUUGGUAUAAACAUGGGAAAAUUAUUUUUUAUUGCUUCUUGAUUUGAUGUUCAUUGAGCCUGAAAUUUACUUUUUGCUGCUACGUAUAGAAAUAAUUAUCCCUUCCAUAUUUAGUUGAAUUGAUUUGUUUGUAGGAGUGGUAAUGGCAUGUAAGUUCAUUGAUCCAAUAGGUUUUAGAGGUGUAGGUUGGGCUUGGUUUUAUUAACUUGCUUGAGUGGGGAUUUUCCUUUUCUUUUUCUGGGUUGGUAAUUGAAGGGCAAUGUUGGGGAGCGGGGGGGUUUCGGAUGGGUACAAAGUCGGCUCAAAAAGACAAAGAAUGAUGGAACCGAAUCCCUACUUCGCAGUUAGCAGCAGCACUGCUGGAUUUCAACCUUAUGGCUAUGGGAGUUUUCCACCUACUCAUGCCUUUCCCGUGGUUCGCCUUAGAGGACUUCCCUUCAACUGCACUGACAUUGAUAUUUUCAAGUUCUUUGCUGGACUGGACAUUGUGGAUGUGCUGCUUGUCAACAAGAAUGGGCGGUUCAUGGGAGAAGCCUUUGUUGUCUUUGCUGGAUCUUUGCAAGUUGAGUUCGCGUUGCAACGGGAUCGACAGAAUAUGGGGCGUAGAUAUGUAGAAGUCUUUAGCUGCAAAAGGCAGGAUUAUUAUAAUGCUGUUGCUGCUGAAGUAAAUUAUGAGGGCAUUUACAAUAAUGACUACAAUGGAAGUCCUCCUCCUCGACAAAAGAGGAUCAGCGACAAGGACCAGAUGGAAUACACCGAGAUACUGAAGCUGCGUGGUCUCCCCUUCUCUGUGACAAAAUCCAACAUCAUUGAAUUUUUCGGAGAGUUCGACCUUGCAGAAGAAAGGAUACAUAUUGCAAGCCGUCCAGAUGGGAAGGCUACUGGGGAGGCUUAUGUGGAGUUCGCUUCAGCAGAGGAGGCGAAGAGAGCUAUGAGCAAGGACAAGAUGACAAUUGGAUCGAGGUACGUGGAGUUGUUUCCUUCAACCCCAAAUGAAGCUAGGAGAGCUGAGUCAAGGUCAAGACAGUGA